AGCAAGUAAAUAAAAAAUGAAAAAAGCAGCCAUUAAUCCAAAUGGCAACAAUUGAGACAAACCAACUGUAAAACAAACGCAGAGAUAAAGUAAUCCAAUAAUUUCUCCCCAGUUUCCUUCCUUCCAUUAUUUCAGUAGCAGCCAUACAAGAACAGUGACAAAACAAGAAACAUCCACGAAACAACAAUGGAGUGGAUGCGAAAAACCAAAACCAAGAAGAAACCACCGCCGCCACGGUUGCAACGAUCCAACGCCAAAAAGAACAUCAACUACCAACUCCCCACCACCACCACAGUCCCUUCUCCAACUCCACCUUCCGAUCAAGAAACCAGUCUUCGUGUAUUAGGCAUCGACGGUGAAUUCGACCGUAUUUUUCAAAGCUUGGGUCUUUCUGGACCGGAAGAUUUUUCUAUUCCGACCCAUGAUUGGGAAGCUCGAAAGAUUCGUUCUGUUAACCUUGAUGAUGCACCAUCUGUUGUUAUUUUGAGGGAUUCUCCUUCUUCUUCGGGUGAAGUUGAUGUUAGAGAUGUUGUUGAUCCGGUUAGGAAUGGUGAAAGGAGUAUGCUUUUUACUGAUUCUGGUUCUUUUACUACUUCACAUGAUUGUGAUAGUGAUGGUGGUGGUGAGAGGAGUUUGUUUCAUUAUGGGAUGUUUAAACCUGCUUUUUCUUCGUGGCAAAAGGGUUGUGUUCUUGGAAAGGGUUCUUUUGGAACUGUUUAUGAAUGCUUCACUGAUGAUGGAUUCUUUUUUGCGGUGAAGGAGGUGUCGUUGUUGGAUGAUGGUAGUAGCCAGGGAAAGCAGAGCAUUUACCAACUUCAGCAGGAAAUAUCUCUUUUGAGUCAGUUUCAACAUGAUAACAUAGUUCGAUAUUAUGGCUCAGACAAGAAUGAAAGCACGCUGUUUAUAUUCCUUGAACUUGUGACAAAAGGGUCGUUGGCCAGUCUUUAUCGAAGCUAUCACCUAAAUGAUUCUCAAGUUUCUGCAUAUACAAGACAAAUUUUAAAUGGCUUGAAGUAUCUUCAUGAACGUGAUGUGGUCCACAGGGAUAUCAAGUGUGCUAAUAUACUGGUUGAUGUAAACGGUUCGGUCAAGCUUGCAGAUUUUGGGUUGGCAAAGGCAACAAAAUUUAAUGAUGUUAAAUCAAGCAAAGGCUCUCCAUACUGGAUGGCUCCUGAGGUUGUUAACUUAAGAAACCAAGGUUACGGGCUAGCAGCUGAUAUAUGGAGCUUAGGGUGUACAGUUUUGGAGAUGUUGACGAGGCAGCCACCUUACUUUGAUUUAGAAGGAAUGCAAGCAAUAUUUCGGAUUGGCAGGGGUGAACCUCCACCGAUUCCUGAAUCUCUGUCUGCAGAUGCCAAAGAUUUCAUUCUUAAAUGUUUACAAGUUAACCCAAGUAAACGCCCAACUGCAGCUCAGCUAUCGGAUCACCCAUUUCUAAGGAGAAGAUUAAGCUCAGCUUCUCCACGUAUUAAUAACAAUGUUCGGCCUUAAAUGCUCCUGAUCACUUCCUACAUUGGCACUGAGAAGGUCAAAUUUAUCCUCUAUUUCUCAAGUUAUUCCAUACACAUCUUGGGGUUUAGACCAGUGGAAUAUCCAUGAAAAGUAGUGUGGGUUUGCAUAAUAUGCAUUGGAAUUGGACCUCACAACUCUCACCAGUUUGUUUAUCCCUAUCACAUCCGGUAUUGGCCCACCAUGUUGAUCCCAUGCUGAAGAUGAUAAAUUCACCAAAAGGCGAGACUGCAUUGGCAAGAGUUCCACGAAGCUAAAUUUUAACCUUCAUGCCAAAUGAGAAGAAGCAAUGGCUCCUUAUCUUACAGUAUGGAUCUUUUGAAUUUGUCUCCUCUAAUGUGAGUAGUUAGUAAAGUGAGAAAACUGAUGGUCGAUAUUGUAAUCGCCCAUGAUGUGACAUGCAUAUAUUAUCAACCAGUGAUUUGUUUAUCAACAGUUGAUAUUACUCACUUUACUCUCUAAAGCGAGUUGCUCACUUUAGAUGAGCAUUGUCCGGAUGUUCUUAUGAUUGGAAGGGGAAUUGGAGAAUUAAGGAGGAGAUGGGCUCUUCAAUUCCAAGCAAGUGAUCAUUCCUGUAUAGGGCAGUCUGCAGAGAUUGAUAAUUUGCAAUGGGCGAGCAGCCGUGCCCAGUUGGUCAUUUGGUGCAGAGUUGUCGAAUAUUUCGGUCAUAUUGCUUCUACGGUUGCUUUUAAAAGUUAUGGUUCUAAUUCUAAAGCAAUGGUUGUUGCAUUAUCUUCCUAUAUGCUCACAUGAUUCUAUCAGCGGCUCAUAUUCAUUAAAUUGCAUGCAAAUCCUACAUUCACUGGUAUUGCAAGGUGGUUGCUGGUACUUGGUCAUGAAAGGUGCUGCUGCUACUGUACAAGUGUUGUGUUAUCUAUGCUAUUAAAGCAUCAUGUUUUGCAUGAUUAUUUUGGUGCAAUUAAACUGUAUAUAAUUAAUGCACCUUUUUUUCCUAGGAAACUACAAUAAUUUUAUCUAGUUUGUGAAUUGAUUCUUGUAUCUUUAGAAUAAUUUUUUUUACUCAAAUGUAAGUGAAAUUGUACGUUUUGGCUUUAUUGUUAAAAAUGGGGAGCAUGUUAUAUUUGUCUUUUGCAAGCUUAUAUGUAAUGGAUUGUUGAAGCUUAGUGA